ACCAUUUUUGCUGAUAGUCUUUGUUUCUUGUGUGUCUUCGUAGUGAGAGCACAGAGUAGAAACUCGCCAGCUUCUCAUUUUUCUCCUGAAAAGUUUUUGUCAGUGCCCAGUUAGUACUAGACAGUCAUGGACUCCUUGGACCCCUCGGAGCGCAGGUACUUGGAGGAUGAGGAUAGUCCUACCAUGAAGACAAUUAAGGGUGCAACAAAUGGAUUUGUUACUGGAACUAUUUUUGGGACCAUAGUUGCUACUUGGUAUGAUGUGCCUCGUGUUGAGAGAAGUGUCGCUCUUCCAGGGCUGAUAAGGACCCUUAAGAUGAUGGGAAACUACGGGAUCACAUUUGCUGCAAUUGGGGGAGUGUACAUUGGUGUUGAGCAGAUCGUGCAGAAUUACAGGAUGAAGAGAGACUUUAUCAAUGGAGCUGUUGGUGGUUUUGUUGCUGGGUCGACUAUUCUUGGUUACACAGGAAAGAGCAUUUCAACUGCAAUUUCUGCUGGGGCAGCCUUAGCGGUCACUUCUUCACUCAUUGAUGCUGGAGGUCAGACAACAAGAAUCGAUAACGGCAAGGAGUACUAUCCUUACACCACCAAGAAAAGAUCCACUGCCGAUUCAUAAAAACUUACCAGUGCUUCUCUUGGAGGAAGAUAUUGGCAAAGCUAACGAAAAGAGAAAACUGUUUCAUGAAUUGGAUGUAUUUCUGGAGAUGUAAUCGUACUCUUAGUUCUCUUUCUCUGUUGUCCAAAUUUAAGUUUUUGACCUUGAAUGGAUGUCUUGAAUAAAUCUGCUUUUUUUCAUAUUUGCGUUCAAAUAUGCCGUUGGUAAGUUGAGCGAACAUAUAUUAUUUUGUAAGAAAAUUCAAUAAUAAUUGGACUGGUUUCAAUUCCAAUUA